CUUCAGUGGGGUUCAACGGGUUGAAGGUCCAAAUGUCAGUUUCAGUGCAGCUUCAAAGGGCUCUACACGAAAUUAUAUACUUUUUAACACCAAAUGAUCGUCUUGCACUGCUCUGUGCCACGCACUGUUGAAAGGUCACGCGUGACGUAGAUGGAAGUACCACGGUAGGAUGAAAAACUCCAUCUAAAUUCCUCCUCCAACUUUAAAAUCAUCCAAUAUCAUUGUUUUACCUUUUUUUUAGUAAAGGCCAUUUGACGUAGUCUUUGCACAUUCACUUCGUAAACACUUGCUCGGUACUUCCGCCUACAUCACGCAUGACCUUUCCAACGUGAUUACGUCAUGUGUGCGGAUUGCAAAGCAGUGCAAGAUGAGCAUUUGUGGUUAAAAAGUAUAUAAAUUUUUAUUUUUUUUUUAGAAAAAAAUUUCGCUAGAUAGGAUCCUUAUUCCUCGUCUGGGAUCGCGUAGAGCGCUUUGAAGCUGCACUGAAACCGCAACCCCGCUGAAGUUCAAUAAUAUUUCUUUUCGACUGAAGAAAGAAAGACAUGAACAUCUUGGAUGACAUGGGGGUGAGUAAAUUAUCAGCAAAUUUUCAUUCCUUUAAGGCCCUUUCACACCAAGGACGAUAAUAGGUGCAGGGAUGACAUAUUUUUGUAGGCCAACCUGGAAGUAAACCAGAAGUAAGAGUAAGAGUGGAGAAGAAUUAUAAUUAAAUGACUCACAGUUAUCAUUAUAGUUAUAGUUUUUAGUGUAUUUUUGUGUUAUGUGUGAGUCACUUGAAUCAUUCACUCAACCGAUUUGUUAACAAAGAGUCGACCAGAAUAGGUCUUAUUAAAAUUUAUUGUGUAUUAUCAGUCAUUUAAUUAUAAUUCUUCUGCAUGCUUACCCUUAAAUGAGCAAAUGUGUAAGUUCAUUUAAUUUGUUCACGAAGAAGAUGUCCAAUUUCAUUCAACAAGUUUGAGAACAAAAUCCAAUCCGAUGUUGCUUGGGCUCGAAACAUUCAUUCAGCGAAGGGCUUAAAGUGCAUUCAUGUCACAUUAAAAUUACCGUAAUUUCAAGAUUUCGACUUGUAAAAGGCAUUCACGGCCUCGUACAGCUUGUAAGCUGGAAAAUUUCUGAAAGCUCCUACUUGUACCACAUGACCGCUGUACCCCCUGACCACUGCAGAUUCUAGGCGUUGAUAGUGGUGCCAUAGAAACAAAUAAUUCCCAGUCCGAGGAUGUGAACAGCUCCGAAUAGAAUGUCACGUGUUCUCACGUCAUCUCGAUCCUACGGUAAUUACGACAUGGCGUGAACGCAGCAUUAUUAAUGGCCCUUCACAUGAGUCACAAUAAUCUAAUUUUCUCAGUUGGCAUGAAAUGGAAUUUGCGAUAGUCUUUUCUUCCUUAUCGUGAUGUAUAUCCAAGGGAAAAAGGUUCUCGAACAAGAAAAAAAUGUAGGGUGGGAUUUUGAUUUUGUCCACCAGGAACUGAUUUAAUCAUAGUGGUUUGCUGUGACAGGUUGUCCCGCCCUCGCGAAAGUAAACACGUCAUCAGAGAAGAGAAGAGAUGUCGCUGCAUGAGGAAAGCGAAGUUAUUUUGAUUAAAGAUUACGAGGACACAUGCAUUAAAAUAAAACAAUAAUAAUAAAAUAAUGAUGUGCACGGAUAAAUCAUUUAUAAUAAACAAUGCAGUAUUCCAAGAUUCAUUCCCUUUAAAAACAGCGAUUCGAACGAAACACUACUUUAAGGUCUACCGUCUAUAAAAAGCCCAAAUGAAUGAAUUCAUUUAUGAAGCCGCUGUAAAAACGUCAUGUGAUAGCAUCCUGUGAUUCAGAACGGAUGCUCGCUUGUCAGUGGGUCAUUGUGGAGUGGAUAAAGGUGGCAUCUGCGCGCGCGCGUACACACACAAAUACCCCAGCCCUUAUGACAGACACACUCGGUCUCCCUCCCUCAUGCACACACACACACACACACACACACACACACAGAGAGACACACACACACACAGCCAGCCACUGUAAAGGGUUCUAAUUCAGCAUGCCUGCUGCUGGAUGCUCCUAGACCGAGACACAUCCGCCUCACCAGCGGGUUUGACUGCCUCCGAAAGGGAUUUCAAUAUCUUAUUCAGAGCUCCUCAUGGCUUCAUCGGAUGGAAUAGACAAAUGUCUUCUGCACAGAGGCAGAUCUCAAAGUGACCCGAACAUCCUCAGCGAGUCUGGCAUUGAUCUCUCGCACAGCGCAGGAGCACAGGGAAGACCGAUGGAGCUAAGAAAGAUAUGCCAGCUGUAAGAGAGCGAGAUAGAGAGAGGGAGUAAUCGAAUGUGAUGGAGCAGCAGAAAGUGCUGCGCUCCAGCUGUUUGGUGAGUGGAGUCCACACUCCUCCCAUCCGGCGCCACAGCAAGCUGGCCACACUGGGGCGCAUUUUCAGGCCGUGGAAAUGGAGGAAAAAGAAAAACGAGAAGCUGAAGCAGAGCUCUACAGAUGUGGCCUUGGCCUGUGGACUUCAUUCUCCAGACCCCAGCUCUCCCAUUCAGGGCAUCUCCGAUGCUGAUAUCCGGCUGCCUGGCUCUCAGGGGCCCAUUCUUAGCAUCAGUAGCAUGGAGUACCUCAGCUCAGAGCAAGACAAUCUCCCUACCAUGGUAGAUUCUGUACAGGACAACGAGACGAUGGAAGAGACAAAUUCAAAUGAGGAAGAGGAGGAGGAUGAGGAGGCAGUUCCCUCUGUAAAUGAGAAUGGAGAUGUUGAGGAAGAUGAAGAAGAUGGAGAGGAAGAUGAGGAAGAUGAACCACAGGAUCAGUCUUCUCCAAACAGUCAUAGCAAUCUCAUUUCUCAGCUAAGCACGGAGGAAGACCCAGGUAAAGUCGUCGUCGCAUCAGUGCCUCAGUCAAACUCUUUUCUCCAGAAAGAACUGUCUAGAGUCCCUGACGGCCCAAGUCCUGUGGUUUUAAGAGGGCAUUUUACUAAUCCUGUGGGGUCGCCGCAUAUAGGUAGCAUACAUCCGCCGCUGCCCCCUAGCUGUAUAAUAGAAGAACUGCAUCGAGCACUGGCAACAAAGCUCAGGCAGGAAAGCAUUGAGCGAGAGCCAAGUGGAGAUGGUGAGAACAGAAAGGAAGCUGAGGAAAACAAGGAAAAUGUUCGACAAGACCACUGCUUCACUGACGCUUCAGGAAUUAUCUAUGACAUUGAUGGCUGGAACGAGUCUGUCAUUUCUGGCACAUUGCCAAGGAGGAUGAGGAAGGAGCUGCUGGCUGUAAAGCUUCGGAAUCGUCCCAGCAAACAGGAGCUGGAAGACAGGAACAUUUUUCCUGCGCGGAGUGACCAGGAGAGACAGGAGAUCCGUCAACAGAUCGAAAUGAAACUUGCCAAGAGACUCAGUCAACGGCCGGCCGUUGAAGAGCUCGAGAGCAGAAAUAUUUUAAAACAGAGGAACGAUCAGACGGAGCAAGAGGAAAGAAGAGAGAUCAAACAGAGACUGAACAGAAAGCUCAACCAGAGGCCAACAGUUGAUGAACUAAGAGAAAGAAAGAUUCUCAUCCGCUUCAGUGACUAUGUGGAGGUGGCCAAAGCCCAGGAUUAUGACAGGAGAGCUGACAAACCCUGGACAAGACUGUCUGCUGCUGACAAGGCGGCCAUCCGCAAAGAGUUGAAUGAGUUCAAAAGCACUGAAAUGGAGGUCCAUGCUUCAAGCAAGCACUUAACGAGGUUUCACAGGCCCUAAAGAGGGGGUUUUCUUCUGUGAAGAAAAUGCUGAAAGUGGCAUUCAUGUUAAAAUCCUGGAGGUGCCUCUUCCAGAGCUGUGGCUUCGUCCAUGGGAUUCCCUUAUUCUUCCAGCGCCCCGGGCCGAGUGGUGUUUGGGGGUGGUUAGCGCUGGAGGCCGCGUCUCCACCACGGGCGGCCACAGGGACAAACCUGAAGAACAUCUGCGGAUACAUUUAACCUGAGGCUGACGGAGUGGAGCGGCAGAGGACUUUUUGAUGUUUUUAAGCUGGACUACAUUUCAAUGACUGCUAAGGAAAGAUGAAUCAGUUCUGGGUAAAUGUUUGUGUACAUGUAACCAGCUCCACUCGAAAAAUAAGUUAAAAAAAAAAAAAAAAAGAAAGAAAAAAAUCUUGAGGGUUAAUAAGCCUGCUAUAAAUGAAUUUCAUAUUUACUGUACAGAGUCAGUUUGAACAGGGUUGUUCAUGUGAUCACUUGAAAAAAAAACAGAAAAAAAAAAAACAACUUUGUAAGCACUACUUGUCUUCAAAAUACAAUUUUGGAAAUACCCCUGUGUUGUUUUUAAGUCUGAAUAUAUACACAACAGUUCAAAAGUUUGGGGUUGUUAAGAUUUUAAUAUUUUUGACUCUUGUGCUCAUCAUGACGGAAUUUAUUUGAUCGAAAAUACAGUAAAAACAGUUUUAUUGUGAAAUAUUACUAUUUAAAAUUACUGAUUUCUAUUUGUAUAGAUUUGUAAAUUUAUUUCUGUGACAGAGCUGAAUCUUCAGCAUCGUUACUCCAGUUUUCAGUGUCACAUGAUCCUUCAUGUUAAAAAAAAAAAAAAAAAAAAAAAAAAUCUUACUAACCCCAAGCUUUUAAAUGGUAUUGAAUGCACAUAUAUGCUCAGUCACUUUAUUAGGUACACCUGUUCAAUUGCUCAUUAAUGCAAAUAUCUAAUCAGCCAAUCACAUGGCAGCAACUCAAUGCAUUGCAGCAGGUCAAGAUGAUCUGCUGAAGUUCAAACUGAGCAAAAGAAUGGGGAAGAAAGGUGAUUUAAGUGACUUAUUUAAUGUGGCAUGAUUGUUGGUGCCAAAUGGGCUGGUCUGAGAGUUUCAGAAACUGCUGAUCUACUGGGAUUUUCAUGCACAACCAUCUCUAGGGUUUACAGAGAAUGGUCCAAAAAAAUAGAAAAUAUCCAGUGAGUGGAAGUUCUGUGGGUGAAAAUGCCUUGUUGAUGCCAAAAGUCAGAGAAUGGCCAGACUGGUUCAGCUGAUAGAAAGGCAACAGUAGCUCAAAUAAGCACUUGUUACAACCAAGGUCUACAGAAGAACAUCUCUGAACACACAACACGUCGAACCUUGAAACACAUGGGCUACAUAAGACAGACUGGUGCCACUCCUGGCAGCUAAGAACAGAAAAC